AUGGCCUUGAAUAAGGAAGAUGUUCUCUCUAGGUACCCUGACAUAUUUCAAGGUAUUGGUCAAUUGCCUGGAGAAUGUGAGAUGCAUUUAAAGCAGGAUGCCAUUCCUGUGAUACACCCCCCUAGGAGAGUACCAGUAGCGGUACAUGAUAAGCUCAAGGCUGAAUUACAAAUGAUGCUAGAAAAGAGGGUCAUUCAAAAAGUAUCAGAGCCCACAGAAUGGGUAAACAGUUUAGUUACUGUAGAGAAGGGGAACGGUAAAUUGAGAAUUUGCCUAGACCCCAAGGACCUUAACAAUGCCAUUAAGAGACCCCACUAUCCAUCUAAAACUCUAGAUGAAAUAUUGCCUGAUCUGGCGGGUUCUUCUGUUUUCUCUAAGCUAGACGCGAGAAGCGGAUAUUGGUCAAUUAAACUGACUGAAAAGUCGUCUUAUCUGACCACUUUCAAUUCUCCAUUUGGGAGAUUUCGGUUCCUUAGGCUACCGUUUGGUCUUUUAUGUAGCCAGGACAUGUUUCAGCAGAAAAUGGACGAAUGUCUGGAAGGACUUCAAGGUAUCAAGACAAUAGUAGAUGACAUUGUAGUUUUUGGUAAGGACAGGGCUGAACAUGACCGGAAUUUUGACAGACUUAUGACCAGAUGUAGUGAAAAAGGUAUCAGACUAAAUCCAGAGAAAAUGGAGAUUGGAAAAUCUCAGAUAUCAUUCUUUGGACAUUUGCUUACUUCUGAUGGACUUAAGAUGGAUACUUCCAAUGUCAGAGCAAUCAAGGAGAUGCCACCUCCUACUUGUAAGUCUGAACUUGAAACUGUAUUAGGUAUGGUGACCUAUUUACAGAAAUUCGCUCCAAAUCUUGCCGAGUUAACUAGCCCUUUGAGAGCUUUACUUUCCAAAGACGUGGAAUUCUCCUGGGAUAAGCCCCAAAUUGAAGCAUUUCAGAAAAUUAAAGAGGUUAUCACACAGAACCCUGGUUCGGUUUUGGUCUAUUUUGAUCCUAAUAAGGAAAUAACACUCCAAGUAGAUGCCUCAAAGAAUGGCCUAGGUGCUGUACUUCUGCAAGAAGGAAGGCCAGUGUGCUUUGCAUCUAAGUCUCUUACCCAAAGUGAGAGAAACUAUGCCCAAAUAGAGAAGGAACUCUAUAGUAUAGUUUUUGCAUGCAAGAGAUACCAUAAUUACUUGUAUGGUAGACAUGUGAAUGUCCAAUCCGACCACAAGCCCCUGGAGGCUAUAUUUAAGAAACCCUUGCAUAGUGCACCCCCACGUUUACAGCGUAUGCUAUUGCAAUUACAGAAAUACGACCUAGAGGUCAAACACAUCAGUGGUCGUGACAUUCCAGUUGCGGACACUUUGUCAAGAAAAUUCUUACCCGACACUGAUACAGAUUUAUGUCCAGACAUGGAUAUACAUGUACAUGCUGUUAUGUCCAAUUUCCCAGUCAGUGAUCAGAAAAUGAGACAGAUCAGAGAUGUUACCGAGACAGACCCACAGUCACGUACCCUAAAACAAACAAUUCUUGAGGGUUGGCCUGACCAACGAACAGACUGUCCAGAAUCUAUCACAGAAUUUUGGAACUUUAGGGACGAAAUGUCUGUUGUAGAAGACAUUAUUCUAAAAGGGUCGAAAAUCUAUAUACCAAAAGGGCUGAGAAGCGAAAUGCUUGACAAAAUUCACAGUGCACAUUUAGGCAUUGAGAAAUGUACACAAAGAGCUAAGGAGAUAAUGUUUUGGCCAAAAAUGUUUAAUGACAUAAAACAGAGAGUUAUGGAAUGCCCAGUAUGUCUUGAACAUCGGUCAGAAAAUGUGAAAGAACCUAUGAUUCAAACACCUUUGCCUGAUAGACCAUGGCAGACAGUUGCAACCGACAUAUUUACAUGGCAAGGUAAAGAUUUCAUUGUUCUAGUUGAUUACUACAGUAGGUACUUUGAGCUUAGUCAGUUAACAAGCACAAGAGCUCAAAAUAUCAUCCAGAAACUGAAAAGCUACUUCAGUAGACAUGGAAUACCUGAAACCCUGAUAAGUGACAAUGCUAGCUAUUACACGUGUCAAAGCUUUGCUGAUUUUGCUAGAGAAUGGGAUUUUAACCACAGAACGUCAAGUCCAACGUACAGCCAAAGUAACGGCCUUGCAGAAAAAUUUGUUCCUAUUUGCAAAAAUCUGCUUACUAAGUCCACACAGGCGGGUACGGAUCCCUACAUAGCACUUCUUGAGUACAGGAAUACCCCUUUAGCUUGUGGUAAGACACCUGCACAGUUGCUUAUGUCUAGACAGCUUAGGUCAAUUUUACCAGUAAUGGAUUCAAACCUUGAACCCAGAAUACUAGACAAAUCGAGUGUCCGAAACAAAAUGCAGAACAUAAAAAACAGGUCAAAAUUUUACUAUGAUAGAUCUGCCAGACCCAUGAAAUCCCUUGAAAAAGGUGAAGGUAUUAGGAUAAGACAAGGUAAAACUUGGCAACCAGCUGUAGUUUCUAAACAGGUUAAUGAUAGAUCUUACAUUGUGAGGACAGAGGAUGGUGGUAUGUACAGAAGGAAUAGACGUCAUUUAUUAAAAUCGCAUGAGAAGCCAUUUGAUGAAAUUGAUUUUCCAUCACUUCCAGCUUCCCCACCAACUCCACCCCUGAAUUUUCUCCACAACCUUCAUGUCCUAAAAUUUCUCCAGAUCCAAUUAAGCAGGAAAAUGUUACAAAUUAUAACUCUAACCCAGAUUCACCUGCCCUUUAUCAAACUAGAUCUGGAAGAAAUGUGCGACCACCAGAUAGAUUAA